UCAACUAAACAUGACACGGCAGAUGGUGCACCCAAUUGAAUCGACAUUUGAUGGUGUUAAAAUCUGAAAUUUGGGGCACGUGUAAAAGUGGUAGCCAAAUGGUUGUUGAAAUUCAGAGAUGAUGGCUGUCCCUUUUCCAAAUUCAACAUUUGUAAUUGUUUAGUGUAUUUGCGGAAACAAUGGCGAAGAGGUUAGCUAGAGGUGGAAGAAGGGACGAGGUACCGUCGCGGUCGAUUUUGACUCGAGCUGUGGACUCUGUAUUUGAUUUCGUCCGAUUGGCAGAGUUUGAGAUCCUCUUCGUCUUCUUUUUCGUUGUAGCAUAUGUCAUUUUCAAGGAUCUGACUUCAAGGCCGGAGUAUAAUGAGAUCUUGGUGAAGAAGCCAGAUUGGUGGCCUUAUUAGAGUGUACCUGCAGGGUGUUUUCUUUGUCUAGUUGAAGAGUAUGAGUUGCUCUGUACAUUUAUUUCUUAGUGUUUAUCCAGAUCUGUGUGCAUUCUUUUCUAAAAAGUGUACGUCUGGAUCUGGUUUUGAGAUUUCUUAUUCCUCCCUUUUCUUUUCCUUUAUGUGAGUCAGAUGUUGAAAUCAGGAUUUAUGGGUAAGUUGUAUUGUGUCAUACUGGAAUUCCAUCAAAUGCAUAUUGGAUCUGAUCAUACGUGUAUUACAUGGGAAAAAUUACUCGAGCGAU